AUGCUGCGCAACAUCCUCCUGCGCUCCCUCGCCCUCAUCCUCAUCAGCCAUGUCGUAAUCUUUCUCAUCCUCUACACUUACCCAUCCCUCACCACCACCAUCGAGUCCCACCCACUCUUCCCAGCCGCGCUCAACGGCACACUCAGCGCCGCCAUGAGCGCCGCCGUGCUCACCAUCAAACGGCCCACCGCGUUUCUCACGCGUCAGAUCAUCCUGAGUAACCCACAGUACCGUGCGGGAAAGCCCUGUCGUUUGGAUAUUGCCCGUGCUUAUAACAUCUUCUCAGAACUCUCCGCUAGUAUACGGCGAAGCCCUACCCCGUACAAGACUUCGAGAUCAUAUUCCUCCUCCUCUACACAAGGCGCCACAUCAUCCAAGCUGCCGCCUCUGUCGCUACACAUCAGCGCCUCCAGUUCCGGCAAACGAGACGAAUUUCAUCCAGCCCAAGCGACGUUCGACUAUGUGCCCUCUCAGGGCAACGCCCUAGGCCUACAACGAGGCAGCACAAUACACGACAAGCGGAAAGCCCCCCGAGCCACCGCCUUCGCCAUAGCAGACGGCGUCGGCGGCUGGACCGAGCGCGGCAUCGACCCAGCCGACUUCUCCCACGGCCUGUGCUCGCACAUGGCUGCCAUUGCAUCGCAAUGGAACGCCUCAACUCCACCCCUACCUAAACAGCUCCUCCAACAAGGCUACGACGCCCUUAAGCAAGAUCCCGAAAUCGAAGCCGGUGGCUCGACCGCCUGCGUCGGCGUCGUCGAGCCCAACGGGCGCAUGCGCGUCGCGAACUUAGGCGACAGCGGGUACAUCCAAUUACGCCUAGGCCGGGUCCACCAUUCUUCUGAACCACAGACACAUGCAUUCAACACGCCUUACCAGAUGUCGCUGACCCCACCGGAUAUUCUCCGGCAGGCGACUGUAUUUGGAGGUGUGCCGCUGAACGAUGAACCUGACCGAGCCGACACCGCGGAUCAUAUGCUCGCGCAUGGCGACGUGCUGGUACUCGCGACCGAUGGGGUGUGGGAUAAUCUUGACGCGCAGGAUGUACUGCAGAUCGUUAGUCGGAUUAUGCGGUCGGCUGGUGCGUGGCAACUUGACCGCGAACACGGAUUUGGCAUCGGCGAGAAGUUGUCUGGACUAGUGCAGCGGGAAGGCGCAAGUAAAUAUGGAGGAAUGGAUGGGACGCUGCAGGCGACGAUCGCGGCGAGUAUUGUGGGAGAGGCGAAGACGGCGGGGAGGAGUCGGAAGAGGGAUGGGCCUUUUGCGAAGGCAUUCAGGAGGGAGCUGCCGGGGGAGAGUUAUGUGGGCGGGAAGCCGGAUGAUAUUGCUGUUUUGGUGGGCGUUGCUGUUGAGAACCGGGUCAAGGCGAAGUUGUGA